AUGUUUGAGCAGCCGUCGGCGCGGGGUCUCCGAGACGGCCCCGCACGGGCUGCAAAGGGAGGACCCAGAAGGGGCCGACCGGCCGGGCCGGUCAGCGCACUGCCUGAUCGCAUGGCGGCCGCCCGGCGGCCUCCGCCAGGCCCCUGCCGCCGCCCCGCGCCGCGGCCCGGGCGCCCCGGACUCGCGCCCGCUCCGGGCGGGACCCCUCGGGUUUGCAAAAAAAAAAAAAAAAAAUUUUUUUUAAUUAAAUGCAAAAGGAAAAAAAAAAACCUUGCAGGUUUUGUGUUCCGCCCCCCCCCUUUCCUCCUCCUCCCUCCGCCCUCACCGGGGGACGGGCUUGGGGGAGGCCCCGCCCCGCGACUUGGCGAACCAGCUCGGGCUUUGGGCGCGGAGCGGCGGGCCCGCGAGCGAAUGGGAGGCUGCGGACGCCCCGGGAGGGUGACCUCCGCGCCGGCGCCGCCCCCUCCCCAGCCGGAGUCCCGGGGGUUCGGGGGCGCGCUUUCCCAGGCUUCGGUGGAGUCGACCGACGGCAUCGAGCGAUGCUCCGGAUUAGAGGGAGAGGCUAAAGGGAUUGGCGCUCCCGGACCUCGGGCUCGGCUGGGGAGGGGGCGCCAUGCGCCCUGGGCGCGCCCCGACUCGGGGAACGGUCGCCGGGCGGGAGGACGCGAGCAGGGGCAACGCCGAUGGUUUGAAAAGAGUCCAGACUUUAUGAAGACCAUCGGGAGGAUGAAAUGGAUACAAGACAUGCAGAAGCUCUUACGGGACAGGGACAAAACAGCAUUCAGAUGUAAAAAAUCAGGACUGGAGAAGAUGCACCCAACUUUUCUCAGUGAGCAAAUAUGCUACAUUCCUGUAGCCAACGUGAGCUUGGGUUUCCGGGCCCCUCAUCUCGUUUAAGGGCUGUUUUAAUUAUACUCGUGUAGUGGCCCAGACGGUAAAGCGUCUGUCUGCAAUGCAAGAGGCCCAGGUUCGAUCCCUGGGUUGGGAAGAUCCCCUGGAGAAGGAAAUAACAGCCCACUCCAGUAUUCUUGCCUGGAAAAUCCAUGGACCGCAGAGUCUAGUAGGCUACCGUCCAUGGGGUCGCAAAGAGUCGGACACGACUGAGCCACUUCACUUUCACUUUUCAGCAGAAAAGAACAGCUGGAAACAGCCUCCCGCAUCCCACCCCACACACACAUUCAUUUGCCAUGGAAAAGUCCAGGACAUUGGAGAACUAAUUUGCCCUCUCCAAGUGGCCAGGAUGCCUAGUUCCACUUUUAGUCCACCGGGUCCAAGUCCCGCAGGCUCUCCCAACACUCCAGCCCAGAAGGCUCCCCUCCCCCACCUCAGUACCAGCGCAUUUCUGUCCCACCCCCUCACAUUUCAAGUUCUCCACCCCACCCUCUCAACCAGACCCUAAUCCCCUUCAUCUCUAACUGCCUAUACCUCCUACCCGUUCCACAGGCCAGCUCCUACCCAGCGGGAGCUUGACCAGAGUCUGGCCUGAUUACCAUCUCUCUACAGAGAGGCGUGGUUUUCCUUUUUCUUUCUCUUUUUUUUUUUUAAAACAAGCGGUUUGUGCCUCUGAAAACCAAAACAACGCCCAUCGCGGCUCC